CACAAGCGCACACACACUAAAGUCGCGCCACGUUCGUCGUCGUCGAGAGCCACCGCCCACCCGUCCGACCCACCGCGGCCGAGCUAUAUCAUCGUCGUCUUGAAAUACGCGGUCGUCCCGAAAUAGGUAGGUAACGCGGACAUCGUCACCGUCGCGAACGGUCCACGCGAAACAAACGUCGUAAUAAUAUUACUAUAGCUAUCGUUAUACAGGUCGUUCGCAUUAUAGCCGUAGUUGUUGUUAUUAUUAUUAUUAUUAAGAUUACGCGGCGGGAGUACGCGUUUCGCCGCCCCCUCCAACACCGUUUCGUGUUUUUUUUUUAAGACAACUAUAAUAAACUUUGCUCGUCUCUGGUUGAAUUCGUGAUAUUUUCGUAUUAAUAUCGCGGUCGGCGCGACAACGCCAUGGCGGCGACACGGCACUUCGGCCGCCGCCGGUGUUGUUGCCGCCUCGGCGGCGGUUCGCGGCCGUGCUCGCCACCCUGCCGUCCGACGGACAACCGCUGCUGCAGUCGUCGCGCCGCCACUGCCGCCGCCCGCGCCGUCCGACGCCCAGCCGGCAGCGUCCCGACAGCCGUCUCCGUUCGCUCGGAAUCAAAAAUCAUGGCCAAAAUAGAACGAAGUUUGAAUUACUAAAAAUGACCAGAAUAAUUCAUUAAAUUGUCUACGUAAAUAUUUUAGAAGAUUGGAAUCGAUAAAUCUGUAGAAUGUCUGAAAGCGAAAGAAAGAAGAGAUCACAAUGUAUAGAUGUUUGGGAAGAAGCUGGCUCGGAAUUCUACCAAGAAAGCUAUCCAGGCAUGGAGGCAGAUUUAGAGGCAUUCCAAAAAAAUCCAAACAAGCUUUCUACUUUAUUACCUAGUAAUAAAACAAGAACAGCUAGGAAAAAAAUCAAUAAUGGAACUGUAUGCUAUCAAGCGACAGCUACAUUAAAACCGGUGGAAUAUGGAACGCUAUGUCAAAACACUAUGGGUUGUAAUAAUGAAAUUCAAAUAUCCUUAAUGCCUGAUUUGUCAGAGAAUUUAUCUAAUGAAGAGCUUGUAUGGGAAGAAAUUAUGAAAAUUAAAACUAUGCCAAUUAGUAUGGCUCACAAGAAAGAAUUAAAAGCAAAACUAAAAAGUGCAGAUGCUUUUAGACUUCAAGGUUUCCAGCAGCUCAAAUGGCAAAAACGAAAAUUUUGUAAUUGUUUGAAAACCAAGUGGUUAGAGUUUUAUAAUAAAUUCCAUUUAUGGAGUUCGAGUUUGAAAAAAAUCGAAGGCCACUGUGGUGCGGGUGUAGUGGAAUUCUUUCUUUUUAUAAAAUUGUUAAUUUUUUUAAAUGCUUUCACAAUGGUUGUGGUUUUUAUUGUACUGAUACUUCCUUCAGUUUAUUGGGUAGAAUUAAAAGGAGGAAUCGCACCAGACCUCUGGAAUGAAUGUGGUUCGAGUAAUGAGAGUGCCUCGAUUGAAUGUUGUAGUGCUAUUUAUGAGAACACUACUAGGGUAGCCAGGCCUCGAGUAACCAUACAUUACGUUAUGGAUAUUAUUCAAGGUACAGGUUGGGUUGAAACGACGCCCAUGUAUUAUAGUUACUAUCCUAAUCAACAGUUCAGUGUCGGAAAAUUAUUCACUUAUCAUAUACCGUUAGCAUAUAUCGUUUCCACCAUUAGUUAUUUUCUUUUGUUUUUUUUGAUCAUUGUUAGGAAAUCGAUUAAGGGAUUUAAACAAAGAAUGGUAGAAACACAAGUACAAUAUUAUUUGUAUUCUAAUAGCAUUUUUAUUGGGUGGGACUUUUGUAUUAACAAUAAAAUACCGGCCAUAUUAAAGCAAAAGGCGAUAUUCAAUGAGCUGCGUUCGUUUUUGAUCGCCGAUAGACCGAAAUUCGAAAACAGGAAUCGCAGUAAGCAGGUUAACAUUAUAAUAAUUAGAUUGCUCAUUUCGUUUUUAGUCAUUGCGUUGAUCGGAUCUGCUUGUUUCUCAGUUUAUCUGAUUUUUUAUUACUCAAUAAAGUUGUUGCAGCGAGAACAAACAUUCAUGUGGGCGUUCUUGUUGGAAUUUGCGACACCGGUAGCGAUAACAUUUUACAACAUAGUGUUACCAAUUAUUUUUGAUGUUUUUUUAAAGUUUGAAAACCGUUCCAUGUACCAAGAAACCCGGUUAUGCAUAUUGAGAAUAAUAUGCGUGAGAUUAUCGCUUUUGGUCGUACUGUUGGGUUCAAUUUAUAAGCUGAUUAACUGCGUGCGGGAAAAAUCUCAGUGCGCAAGUGCAUUAUGCAAUUCUCCGCUUUGCUGGGAGACCUACGUGGGCAAAAUUAUGUAUAAGCUUCUUAUUGUUGACGUCGCAUGCAAAAUCGGCAUCACCAUUUUGAUUAGUUGUCCCCGGAGCAUACUGGUUAGGCAUUUUAAAAAUAAUCUUUUCCAAGUGAUGUCCAAUCAAGAACUUAAUUUGGCCAAACACGUAUUGGACGUUAUCUACAUUCAGAUAAUCGUGUGGUUGGGUAGUUUCUAUGUGGCCCUGAUGCCAGCCCUAGGCCUAGUAUCGAUGGUGAUAAUGUUCUACAUAAAACGGUUUUCUUGUAUCGUAAACUAUAGCCUAGCUCAAAAGGUGUACAGCCCAUCGAGAGCACAUACAAUGAUCAUGUCCAUGUUACUCAUGUCUUACGUGCUUUGCGUAACCACGUGGUUGGCGGUUGUAUCAAAAAUAACGCCAUCCAGGUCUUGUGGUCCGUUCAAAGGACUACCGUCCAUUUGGAGGGUUUUGAUUGAUUUCAUACGCACCAUACCUCCGUGGACGAUUACGUGUUACGAAAUACUGUUUAGUGUAAACUUUGUGGUCCCGUUGAUUUUCAUACUUUCGUGCAUCGUCUACUACUAUCACACCGUUAUGGGAUCCAAUAAAAAAAUGAUUGUGGUUCUCCGCAAGCAACUUGUACUUGAAGGACACGACAAACAGUUUCUGUUGAACAGGUUGAGUGCGUUUAUUAAACAACAAGACAGACGUCGCAAAGCCACCGAAAAUAACGGUGAAAUCGACGUAUUGCUUUCUUGAAUAUUGCACAAAAUAUGAUCGAUAAUUGUUUCGGGAAAACUGGUGAUUUUUUUAGGGUGCUCGUAUGUUAUUACUGUAAUUGGUUAAUGACAUUUUUUUUUUGUAUAUUUGAACUGCUUAAGUUUAGAAACGGUUUAUUUAACAGUUACCUAAAAUGUGUAUACCUAUACCCGAUAUUAAUACUUAGGUACCCACCUUGUUUUUACCUAAUAGUGAAGUAUAAUAUUAUAUUUGUUUCAAGCUCAGUACGUUAUUGCUUAGGUUCGAUAUUUAGUUUGUAGGUAUAUUAUUUUAUUACUCCCGUUAAAUCAUGAAUUUUCAAUAUUAUUAUAUAAAUAAUUUAAU